AUACUUGCAUGUCGCGAGCUGACAUGCGUAGGACGGACAAGAACUCUUCGUUCUUCUGUGGAACGAAUAAUUAAAUGUCAUGUAUAGUUCCUAAAAUUACCGUUCUGGAACACGAAAUGCGUAAUGUCGGUAUUUCAGAUUCUUUAACAUAUCUCUUGAAAAUUGAAAGCUGUUGGUCUGUCCUACACUUCAUCUGUGUCAGUUUUUCGUGAGUGGUGUGACGAUGUAAGAGGUUAUGUUUUUUAAUUAUGAAUGUUAAAAAAUGACACAUCUGCUACAUCCAAAUAUUAUCUUUUCUAUUGUUCAAUAUUACGGUGAAACUUUGUGACAAGUUGUAGAAAAUGCUAACAUAAAUAUUCUCGGUGACAUGUGCAAUUUUAAAGCAUGGUUCUUACUCCACGAAAGAUGAAACAGGUUGCUUUUUCCGUGAUAUGUAUAAUUUUAGUACUGGGAUUCUACAAAACAUUAUUAGUCAAUCCAGAAGAAGAACAGUCCUUUCCUCGGAUUCAUCCACGAGAUCGUAAAUCUAACAUAGAAUACAUGAAUGAAAUUGGACCUGUUAAUGAAAAAUUACCAGAUGCCAAUGAAAAUGCACGAUACACUGACAUUAAAAACAUCGAAGAAGCAAAAAUACGAAUUCGUGAACUGGAAGGAAAACUAGAACAUCUGGAAGCUAAAAUUGAAAAUAGAGUAUCAAAAGAUUUUCCAGUAGUCAAAUUUCUUAAUUAUAAAAACAGAAAGAGAAUACUGGUCACUGGUGGAGCAGGUUUUGUUGGCUCGCAUUUAGUUGAUCGGUUAAUGCUCGCUGGUCAUGAAGUAAUAGUUGUAGAUAACUUUUUUACUGGCAGAAAACGUAAUGUUGAACAUUGGGUUGGUCAUGAGAAUUUUGAGCUUGUUCAUCAUGACAUUGUAAGACCCCUUUACUUAGAAGUUGACGAAAUAUAUCAUCUUGCUAGUCCAGCUAGCCCACCGCAUUACAUGCUUAACCCAGUGAAAACUAUAAAAACAAAUACUUUAGGUACAAUAAAUAUAUUAGGUCUUGCAAAGCGAGUAGGAGCAACAGUUUUAAUAGCAAGCACAUCAGAAGUUUAUGGAGAUCCUAAUGAACAUCCUCAAACAGAAACCUAUUGGGGUCAUGUGAAUCCUAUAGGUCCCAGAGCUUGUUAUGACGAGGGAAAACGCGUUGCUGAGACAUUAAGCUAUGCUUACAUGAGGCAAGAAGGCGUCAGAGUACGCGUUGCUAGAAUUUUUAAUACUUUCGGUCCUAGAAUGCAUAUGAACGAUGGUCGCGUAGUAUCGAAUUUCAUUCUUCAAGCACUUCAAAAUGAUUCAAUUACAAUAUACGGUAGUGGGAAACAAACGCGAUCUUUCCAAUACGUUACUGAUUUAGUGGAUGGAUUAGUUGCCUUAAUGGCGUCUAAUUAUACCCAGCCAAUAAACAUUGGAAAUCCUGUCGAGCAUACGAUAGAAGAAUUUGCUCUUAUAAUAAAAGAUUUAGUUGGUACAAAUAGUAAAGUAGUCGAGCUUGCCGCGGUCGAAGACGAUCCUCAGAGAAGAAGACCGGAUAUUAGUAGAGCUAAGAAGUAUUUGAAUUGGGAACCAAAAGUUCCUUUAGCUGAAGGACUUAAGAAAACUAUAAUGUACUUUGCUAAGGAGUUGCAGAGAACGAAACAUUCUCAAAAAACUACUUUCAAACAAUCUUCUUAUAAAAACGAUCAUGAUAUAGUAGAACAACUAUAAGAAACAAAAUUAUUUUAUCCACUUUAAGAGUGGUUUAAAAGUGCCAUUAUGCUCUGGACCACUACGUGCCAAAAGACUCCCCGUCCAAGUUGACUUUUGUGUAAUUUAGAAUGUUAACGGGCACAUAUUUUUAAUUUAUUAAAAAGGCAGGAAACACAGAAGUAUCGAAAUAAAUUUUAUUUCGGCCUCGUUAAAAAUAUAAAAAUUUCAAGUAUAAUUUUAUUUAUUGCCCAUGACUAAAUUACUCAGUUCAUAUGGCUAAUGCUUAAAGCGAACUAUUUAUUUCGUGAUAGAAUAAGUUUAAUUUAUAAUGUUUUGGUAUAAAUUUUAAUAAUCGUUCGACGGUGCUGGUGGCGAUAAUUAAUAUCCUUUCUCUCAUGCGAAGUUUUAAGGUAAACUAUACGAACUUUAAUAAUAUUAAGCUGGUUUUACUUAAUAUUUCUACGUAAUCGACUUUCCUUCGGCUAUGCUUAUCUUUGUGUACCAUCACAUUUCUGUAUCAGUAUAUGAUAGCGACAUAAUCAAUGUCACCUGUAAUUAGUAACUUCUCAAGGGAUGUUAUAACCAAAUUGUUUCGUCAAAAUGAUAAACGCGUUCUCGAGAAGAAACGUUGUUAUCACGCAUAGUAAUCGUAUUACGUGAUUUGUACAUGGUAUAAAUGUAAGCGUGUAAACAUGAAAGUAAUUUUAUACCGUACGAAUAUAUUAUUGUAUGAGUGUAAAGCGAGUAAGAAGAAUGUUCAAGUUUAUGUUUCGUUACAGCGAAUCACAUUGUACUGUAUUUAAUUUGUACGCAGACCGCGAUCCACCGCGUGUAGAUAACAAGAUACGAGCUGAAUGUUUACACCAGAAUGUAUAUAUACAUAUAAAUUAAAUAUCAAAGAAUAAUUA